CCUCCUCCUCCUCCUCCUCGUCUGAGCCCUGUAAGGAGGAMGGCAACAAAUCCCUGGAUGACGUCUACACUUUAGAACAGAGGAACACCAUCCUCAAGGUGCUCAACACCGCCUCCAUGUCAGAGCUGGCCGGCGUGAAACUGCUGAGAGGCCACAAGUCGCUCAACGUUAUYGAGUACAGGAGUAAAAAUGGGCCGUUUAAAACUCUGGACAGUGUGCUAAACGUGCCGUGGCUGAAGCACAAAAGUGCYGUAGUAGUCUUCAACUCCAUCAUCAACCCAGAGAAGAAGGAGAGGAAGGAAAAGGAGAGGGUGCAACCGGUGAAGUUUAUCCUGCCAGAGGUGGGCAGGUCCUGGCUAGCGGGAGCCAAUUCCAUAUUAUCAAUAAUUGGUGGGAUUAGGAAAAUUGCCUGGGCCCACGUGGACCGUAAGAUGAACGUAUUAGAUUGGCAAGAGCAGRCCUGUCCUAGUUUCCUGAAAGGAACAUACACGGUGUCUGCUUAUUUGAACGAYGUGUCCUCAGUCGUGUCCCGCCUCCCCUCUGCAGAUUUGUACUUGAUAGAGAAAUCCUCCACGACAAUGCGAGUUGCAGCUCUGUUCCCCAUCAUGGCUCAUUUGAGGGUUGUGGAGGCCAUGCUGUUCGUUCUGCUGCAACCCAGAGUCUCCCCAGAAGAGACUAAUAUUCCUCCCAGGGUUCUGAACGUGACGAGGAGCGUGGUGGGGCGCCACUUUGGGCUGAUGCUGGGGGAGKCUCGGACCAGCGGGGCUCAGACGGUGAAACAGCUGAUGACGGAGUCCAUGACACAAAAGUUUCCCCGGAUAAACAUCCCCCAGAAGCUGCUGGUGCAGUACAGGGACCACUUCGAAUUGAGCAGCAGGAUCACCGGGGAGGAGCUGAGUAACGCGCUGCUGCAGGCUGUGGCUUUUUACGAACUGCUCAAUCAGCCUUCCUCUUAGUAGCCGCCUGCAGGAUUGCUCUCAUGUAUGGAUGGUGCAGAAACUCCUGAGCUGCAGUUUCAAACUUUCAUCAAUAAUUUUGAGGGGAAUAAUACAUUUGAAAAAUAUUUAAAUUUCAUUUUCUUUUCUUUUUAGCAAACCAGGCUACUCAAAACACUUAAAAUCAAUCUGCGUUGCUCAUUUACCCAUCAUCACACACAGGACCCUACGUCUCUACAAAUUUAAUCGGAACAAAUCAUUAGAUCAUAUUUGUACAUCAAUGUGGCACAAAUUGGACAACAGACGUACAGUGGGACACUUUGUGAAUGCAGGCUGGUGGAAUUGAACUUCAGACCAUCUUGUUAGAGGACCACCGCUCUAACCACCGACCCACUGCUGCUUUGAUGAGUGUUUUGUCCCUUCUACCAUCUUCCUGUUAAAAUAUCUAUUUAUUAAAAAAACUUUUUUAAAUAAAUAUUUAUCCUAAAAUACCUCAAGCAAACCUGAACAAAUAAAGCAUGUCACAAUGAGUAGYUUUA